UCUGGAUAUCGAUUGCUCGAACACGCAUGCUGUGAAGAGAUGACAGCAGGGAGGGGGUCCUGAGAGCGUGUGACACGAAGUCUGUGUCCUGGAAGAGUGUGCAGGACCGAGAAAUCUCAAGGAUUCAUUCAGGGCUUAAUACUUUUGUAUGGCCAGAGUUCAUCCCGUGGUGCCCACCACAUGGAGCUGGAGUGUCUCUGCUAAUUAAUGGAGAUCAUUGAGCUGGAUUACUUUUGCCUUUAAUGAAGGGAGUGGAAGCCACCUACAGGGCUUUUCCAAUCGCUGCUGGAAGAAGAGAGGGGACAGAGUGCUUGAAAACUGACUGAAAGAAAAAAAAAGGGGGGCUGAGGAGCGAACGGCCCCCUCCUUACAAGAUCUGAGGAAUCGCGUCCUGUGUGUGCCAGACCCUGCAGGCUGAAGUCAUGAUUUUGGGAAGUAUUAACAGAGGUGGAAGCCUGCCUGCCAUGCUUCGCCCUCCACCAACCAUGGUUCAGCGUCAUCUAGACCUUAAGCCUUUUCUCUCUUUUCCUAUGGAACCGCAGCCAACCUUAGGAUUCUUCCCCAGGUUCAGCACGAUGGACCCCAUCCACAAACCUAUGAUGAGCCCUAACUUUGGAGUUCCACUUAUCAAGGUGAAACGACCGGUCAUUUCCUGCAAUGUGUGUCAGAUACGCUUCAACUCUGAGAGUCAGGCUGAGGCUCAUUAUAAAGGGAACCGGCAUGCUCGGAGAGUGAAGGGAAUCGAGAAUGCAAAGACUCGACAGAAAGAGGGAACGCAAGAUGGAGACAGAAACACCCCUCUAAUCAGCCCCGUGCCCAGUGCCAGUGAGAGUGACACCGACAGCAAAGAUCAUCAGGGAAGUGAGGGCACAGACAUGUUCUCAUCUGAGAGUCCAGAGACCAUGAUCACAAGUGAAACUACUGUCACUGUUGUGUCUGAAUGCCCAGAGUCCACAUCUGAGGGAAUCGGAGGCGAAGCAAAACCUCUUUCCUUUACUGAUCCUGCCAGCAGUGGUACAAGCACAUCAACUACAGAGGGCGACGAUGACAAAGCAAAGAAAUUACUGUACUGUGCCCUCUGCAAAGUGUCUGUAAACUCACUGUCACAACUGGAGGCCCACAAUAAAGGCACGAAGCACAAAACUAUCCUUGAAGCGCGAAGUGGUCUGGGCCCAAUAAAGGCUUAUCCUCGGCUUGGAGGGUUAAACAGCGUGUUAACAGGAACGGUGGAUUCCAACAACCAAGAGAGAACUUUUCACUGUGAGAUCUGUAAUGUCCGAGUCACCUCAGAAGGCCAGCUUAAGCAGCACAUCUCAAGCCGCAGACAUCGUGAUGGAGUGUCAGGGAAACCCAACCCGCUACUGAGUCGGCACAAGAAACAGCAAACCCUUCAGGAACUUACGGCAAGUCUGGUGUUUCAGAAGGACCUUCCAAAAUCCCUUUCAGCAGGGCUUCUUCCCAGUCCACUUGCAAUGGCGAUGGCAGCUGCUGCUGCUGCUGUGUCUUCUCCACUAAGUUUACGUCCAGCUUCAGCUUCUUCUCUUCUUCAAGGUCCACCUCUGACACACCAUAUGCUUCGAGCAGCUCCGGGGCCCAUCAGAACUGCACAUGGCACUAUACUUUUCUCCCCUUACUGAGGAGGUUCCUCUCCUAUCACAUUGUCUCACUACUCCACUGGAACCUGAACCUGCACUUAGACAACCAGGCCAGGACUUGACCAGCUGCCUCCGGCUCACCCCAAACUCUACCCUAGGAAAUAUAUAGUAACUGGAAUACUCUGGCAACCCAUGAACCCUGCUUUUCCCAGGACACAAGCAGCAAAAGAGCCAUGUGUGGAUUUCUGAAGGUCCUGAGAGAUCAGGCUUUUGCCCAAAUGAUGGACACUUUGGCCAGUGGAAUGAGAACAUUGUCUCAGGGUCUGCUUCAAGUAUUGGAUAACCUUGUGGCAUUUUAGAUUCUUAUUGGGUUAAAUGGCUCAAUAAACUGUGACUCUAAAAUAACCAGAAGAUAUGCUGGAUAGAGACUAGUUCCCGAGUGCUGGAAGGGUAUUUGUGCUGCUGUUUAAAUAAGCCACCUCUUUCACAUUGAGGAGGAUGAAAGUCAGCAUCUUCUGAUUGGCUCUUCUGCUCCAUAGCAUUUUUUUUUUUAACAAAACAAUAACUUCAGGGAAACAGCAUAUGUUUUUGAUUUACAGUUACUAAAUCUUCUUAUACAUAUUGUAAUCACUGCGCUAUAAAAAAAGAAUUCUUGUACUGGACUGUUUAACGACUGGGAAAAAAAUGAGGACUUGUUUAUUCUUUAAAUGUACAAUAGUAGUGAAAACUUCCUAUGCAGUUCCUACUUGGACCACAGGGUGUCAACACUGAACUAUUUAGCCAUAGAUAUGUUUUGUUCCACUUAGACAUUCUCUGUGGUACAAACUCAACAAACCAGUAGCAGGUGGCUUGUGGUGCUCCAGCAGCUCUCAGCAUGCCCGCAGCCCUAGCAGCCAAUUAUUAGCAGAACAUGCUGGUAAUUGUGCUAUUACAACAACUGGAGAGUCAUGGCUUACAUAAACUUACUAUAGACUGUAGAUUUUUAUAGUUUGUUUUAAUGUGCCCUCCGACCAUGGAGGAGAAGUACUGUAUAAGUACUGUAGCUAGUGCAAUUAAUAUCUAUAUAAUAUAUCACUUGUUUCUGCAAGCCACAAUAGGCAUAAGACAUAACAUAAUCAUGAAAAUGAAACAUGGGAACCAUCACAGAAUGGCAAUAGAGAGUAGUAAGCUACACAACCUAUAUAUAUUACAGUAUGUGGCCACUGGCCAAUGA